AGCAGCGGGAGGGGAGGAGGAGGAGCCGAGGCCCCCGUGACGGCCCAGGCACAGCUGCGGAGGAAGAGCCGCACGGAUCAAUCUCCUCCUGCCCGCCCUUUCCGCGCCUCGUGACUGUCCGUCCCCCCGCCCCGGAGCGCUCCCCUGCAGCCGGGCUGGAACAUGUCCAAGAAAGGAGGGAAACAAACCGAAAAAGGAAGGAAAGUACAUGUACCAUGUAAACGAGCAAAGGUGGAAGCAUCUUGCCCUUCUUCACCUAUGAACUAUGACAGCCCAGACAGUGUCUUUGAAAGUUUGAUCUUUCCCAUCGAACAAGAGACGUUCUUCAAGGAGUACUGGGAACAAAAGCCACUGCUUAUUCAGAGAGAUGACCCUUCAGUGGCUGCUUACUACCAGUCUCUCUUCCAGUUAAUGGAUUUGAAGGAGCUGUCCAGCCAGGGUUUAUACUAUGGAAGAGAUGUUAAUAUCUGCAGGUGUGUGAAUGGAAAAAAGAAGGUUUUAAAUAAAGAUGGCAAAGUGAACUAUAUGCAGCUGAAGAGAGACUUUGAUCAGAAAAAAGCAACGAUACAGUUUCACCAGCCUCAGAGAUUUAAGGAUGAGUUGUGGAGGAUCCAGGAGAAGCUGGAAUGCUACUUUGGCUCUUUGGUUGGCUCCAAUGUUUACAUUACUCCUCCAGGGUCCCAGGGUCUGCCUCCCCACUACGAUGAUGUUGAGGUGUUUAUUCUUCAACUGGAAGGAGAGAAACACUGGCGUCUCUACAAACCUACUGUGCAUUUAGCUCGAGAGUAUAAUGUUGAAUCAGAGGAUCGGAUUGGGAAUCCAAUACAUGAAUUCAUAUUAAAGCCAGGAGAUUUGUUAUACUUUCCAAGAGGAACUAUCCACCAAGCUGACACUCCUCCGGGGGGAUUGUAUUCUACUCACGUGACCAUCAGCACCUACCAAAACAAUUCUUGGGGAGAUUUCUUGUUAGAUGCGAUUCCUGGGCUUGUGUUUGAUACAGCGAAGGAAGAUGUGGCUCUACGGACAAGUAUACCAAGGCAACUACUGAUGCAGGUGGAUAUAGCUGACUCAACAAGGAGAUUAAGCAGCUUUCUGAGAAGUCUUGCAGACCGGCUGGAAAACACCAAAGAACUGAGAUCCUCGGACAUGAAGAAGGAUUUCAUCAUGAACCGAUUACCGCCUUUCUUGGGGAACAGCUCUGAUCUCUUGGCUCCAGGUGGAAAAUUACCAAAAUUAGACAGCAAAAUCAGAUUGCGGUUUAAAGAUCAUGCCAUGAUUACAGUGGAACCUGAUCAAGAAAAUUCUGAUGAGCUUCGCAAAGAGAUGGUUUAUGUCUAUCACUCUUUAAAAAACAGGAGAGAGAGGCACAUGAUGGGGAAUGAGGAUGAUGACACUAGUGAAGAAGGGAUAUCUGAGACUCAUGGAUUACGUUUUCCUCUAUCUCACAUGGAUGCAUUGAAGCAAAUCUGGAGAAGUGCUACUGUCGCUGUUAAGGAACUGAGCCUUAAAUCAGAUGCAGAGAAAGAGAACCUUGUGUUAUCACUCUGGGCUGAAUGUCUCAUCGAGGUAAUCUGAGUCUUUAAAAAAUCAGCCAUGUUCCUGGACCCUGACAUUUCAGCCUUGGAGUAUGUACUGACAAAGGACCAUCUGAGUCCUCCUCUUCUAUGGAGCUUCUGCCUUGUAUUGACAGCAAAGUAAUAAAUGGCAAAUAGUACAAUGUA